AUACAAUGAGACUUUUAGGAGUUUCCCAAAUAAAAAGUCACUUUCUGUCCGAACAAUGUCAUUGUACUCAACACACUGUCAAUGCUCAUCAGAAGUCUGUUCAAAACGUUUCUCCUAUUACAGUUUUAAAUUGUGACCCUCCUUCAACACUUGUUGAAAUAAGAAAGAGAGAGACAUGCCAGUCACACUUUUGAGUCCUUCCAAGGUUUGCUUCCUGAUUUACCUUUUAUCUUCAGCACAUUUUUCAGAAGCUUUACAAGACAUUAGCAAAUACAUAAAGCAUUACGAAGGCCUUUCUUAUGAUCGAGAACUCGUACGGCAACAACACCAACGUAUCAAACGGGAAACUCAUCAAAGUGACCGAGAGCUUCAUCUAGACUUCAAAGCCUUUCAAAGGGUUUUCCGUUUGCGUCUAAAGCGAAAUGUAAAUGGUUUCACCGAAGACUUCAGUAUCCGAUCAGAAGAUGAAAUUCAGAUUGGGGAUCUCUCUCAUGUAUACUCAGGAACAUUGCAAGAUGAGAGUGAUGGUUCCUGUCAAGGUUCGGUUCUUGACGGUCAAUUUGAAGGCACCAUCACAACAGCUAAUGGCACGUUCUACGUGGAACCCAUUGACAGAUACAACACCAGCAAAUCAGAACAUCAUUCCAUCAUUUAUCACGAAAAUGAUGUGGACAACACUCCCUUGAGAGACAGCCAUGUUGGAUUCUGUGGUGCCGACCAUCUGCAACGUCUCGUCCAGAACCUUCCUGAGCAGAUACCAACGUCUAUGGCACAGCAAACGGUCGACCAGACCAAAACCAGCUGUCUCUUACAUCUCUAUGCCGACUAUCGCUUUUACAAACGUUUCGGGAGUAUUGAAGCAGUUGUUGCUCAGAUCGCCUCUUACAUGAAAGCAGUCAACGACAUUUAUGACCAAGCCGUCUUCGAUGGCAUACAGCUUAUCAACUUCAAAGUCAAAUAUCUUACUGUGAUGAAGGAGGAAGACCCCAGAAGUCCUUUAGACAAGCCUUACAUCGGGCCCGAAAAGCUUUUGAGUCUCUUUUCUGAAAAAAAUUGGAACGACUACUGCCUGUCUUACCUCCUGACAAACAGAGACUUCAGCGGGGUGCUUGGCUUGGCUUGGAGUGGUAAAAUAGAUGAUAAGGGGGGAAUCUGCUCUCAGAUGGUCAGUAAUUUGAGCCAUAACACAGGCCUGAUCACCCUGCAAACGUUCGGCUACUAUCUCUCCCCCAGACACGUGCAGCUAACAUUCGCCCAUGAGCUUGGCCACAGUCUCGGAGCCCCGCACGAUGAAGGCAAUAACUGUGGAGACCUGAAGAUAACCCAAGGCAAAGGAUGGUUUUUGAUGUACCCGCAAGCCGCCUCCAAGGUUGAGGAGAACACAGACAAGUUCUCCAGCUGUAGCCUGGAGGACAUCAGUAUAAUUUUGAGAAGCAAAAAGGACAAAUGCUUUGUAGUUAGCGAUCAGCCCAUCUGUGGAAACCGCAUUGUUGAAGACGGAGAGGAAUGCGAUGUUGGGAAUGACGACGAUGAUCCAUGCUGCUACAGCUCGAAAAAGCCUGCAGGGGUGGAGUGCCGAAUGAAGCCUGACAAACAGUGCAGUCCCAGUCAGGGUCUGUGCUGCAGUUCUCAGUGUGUCUUCAAGAACACCACACAGAUAUGCGGCCAACCCACCGAAUGUCGGAAGCAGAGCAUUUGCAACGGUUCCUCCGCUGUGUGCCCCGAACCUCCCGCCAAGCCAGACAUGACAUUGUGCAACAACGACACACGCGUCUGUUUCGCAGGGGACUGCAGCCUUUCUCUUUGUGCGUUGUACAACAUGGUGCAAUGUGACUGCCCCGGCGAGAAUCGGACCGAAAAGUGCUACAUGUGCUGCCAGCAGAGAGAUAAACCUCACACUUGUGCAAGCACCACAUCGUCCGUGCUUUCCGAGCACUUUAAUGGCAAGCGUGUGGCGUUGAUUCCCGGCUCCCCUUGCUCUGGAAACCAGGGAUACUGCGACAGGUUCAGACUGUGCCGAAUCCUGGAUGCCGACGGUCCUAUUGCCAGGCUUAAAAAUUACUUCCUGAAAUUGAAUGAGUUCGAGGACUUGGGUGACUGGAUAAAGUCUUAUUGGUGGGCAAUACUUCUAGCUAUUCUCGCCAUUUCAGCGAUAAUGGCUGCGACUAUCUGGAUUUUUGGACAGCCUUUGGAGAUUGAUGAAAGCCAGGAAACAUCUGGCCGCUUGGAGCUUCGCUGACAUCAUUUCGAGACAGUUUAUCAAUGUAAAAACGUUCUGAUUAAACAUCGAAGGUUGUGCAGAUGCUCAGCUGGGAGGGAUCUAGAGUUGUGUUGCACCUGUCCAAACAUGAUUUAAAGGGAUAGUUCACCCAAAAAUUAUGUUAUCAUUUAAUCAACCUCAAGUUGUUCAAUACCUGUAUAAAUUUCUUUGUUCUGCUGAACACAAAUGAGAUAUUUUAAAAAGUGUUUGUAACCAAGCAGAUCUGGGGCACCAUUGGCUUCUAUAGUAAGAUAAAAUAAAUGGAAGUGAAUGGUGCCCCAAUUUAAUUAUUAACAUUUCUCAAAAAAGCGUUAUUUUUGUUCAGCAGAACAAAUACGUUUAUACAGGUUUGAAACAACAUCAUUUUCAUUUUUCACUAAACUAUCCCUUUAAUUUUACUUUCACUUUUAUUCAUUUUUAUUUUCAAGGUUAUUUUAACUCGAUUACUCAUUUGUGGUUUGAUUGUUCAGCAAUGAGUCAUUUUUCUCGAUUACAUCAUAGGCAAUGCCGCCUACAGUUUUUUUUUUUUUUCGAGAAAAUUUGGCAUUUAAAUAUUGAGAAAUCAGUGCUUAGGUAAUAAAUAGGAUUUGUUUAAACAACAGAUGACUGUAAUUUAAAACAAUGGAUAGGUUAAGUUUACACACACUACAGGUUUUUGGAGAAAUUUUGUAGUAUGUUUGACCACCAGUAGUGCAAUUUACUCAUUUAAGAAAGUAUAAAUGAUAAAUACUGAAUGUAUGUCUUGAAUGCACUGUAAGUCACUUUGGAUUAAAGUGUCUGCCAAAUACAUAAAUGUAAAUAAAAAAGGGAAAAUUUGUAAAACCAAACACAUUAUUAAUUUUUGAGGCCGGGAAGUAGCCACAGAUAUCAGUAAGGUCAAAAUUUAGACCUUUUGUCUCCAAUACUGACACCAGUUUGUUUGAACUGUUAGAUUUGCUUUCACAAUCUAUUCAUGUUGUCCUUGUUCGGGUUACCAUGAUAAGCACCGAGAACUAAGUGACAUUUCAAAUUGAUCUCAGAUGCGGUAAAAAAGGUUAAAAAGUAACUAUAGGUAAAGAGGAAUUAAGACUGAUGCAAUAGUAUGAUGUUGAUGUAACUAAUAGAUUGUAAAUGUAUUAUCACAAGAAAAAUUAUUAUCACAAAAUAAAUGUCUAAAAAAAAUGA